AUGCUCUCGACCCAACCUUCUUCCUCUGAAUCGCGAAAAUCUUUUCGCUUUCAUCGGUGGGGAUCACACGAUUCACUCAACCUCGUUCUCGCUCAGGUGCGGUAUGUAGGAAUCACGUCGUGGUGGUGUGGCUUGAAAAUUGUUCGUUGCGUGUUGAUUUGGUUGGGAUAUAGCAGGGCAUUAUGGUUGGUUAUGUCAUGGUUAUUGGCAAUUGAUGGUGGCUGCUACAUUAGUUUUUUCUUGGCUUGGCAAUACUACUUAUUUCUCAUUCACUUUUGUAAAUUUAUGAAUCAAAUGGGCUAG